AUGCCAGGCCUUCGCGUCAUGCUAUUUGUAAAUGCUUCCGAUUAUUUACCCACAUCGGAGGCUGUCGGUGUUCGACUGACCAUACACGAUAAGGACGAAUUUCCUUUCCCGGAUACAUUCGGAUACAGUGCACCUACCGGAUACAUUUCUUCGUUUGGUAUGAGAAUGGUACGCAAACUCACACAGCUUCUAAAUAGUCCCACCUUUAAAAUCAAUUUUGUAAAAGUUCAGAAAAAGAUGUCCCGCCUUCCGGCUCCGUACGGCGAUUGCAUUCCGGAAGGUGCCACUGCUGAUUAUCUAAUUAUUGAUCGAUGUGGUUGUGGCGAUCCAAGAUUUCCAUCUAUUGAUGAUCAUCCACAUUGUCAAGUUUUCAACAAAGAACAUAGGACUUGCCUAGAGAUAAGCACUCACGAACUUGGUGACAUACAUGGGUCAUUCAAAUGCAGAUGUCAACAACCUUGCAACCAAACCAUCUAUACAAUGUCGUAUUCGGAAGCAAUCUGGCCCAGUCAGUCCUUGAACAUCAGCCUUGGCACCUGUGAGAAGGAGGCAGAAAUAUGCAAUGAGGAGUAUCAGUAA